CCACACCGAGACUGAGAGAGUUGUGGCCUCACCAUAGUUGACCCUGUAGAAACUACACAAACUGAGAGCUAUAAUGGCGGCGGCUGCUUUUUCCGAUUGCUGUCUUCUUCUACCUCGUACCUGCGCCGAGAAACCUCAGCUUUUCUCUUUCUCGCGCGGCAGAAUCACGUAUUCGCCUCCUCUGCCAACUAAAAUAUCUGCUUCUCUAUCAUUCACCCAACCUCGAGGCUUUGGUUUCGCCAUCGAGGGGGAUCGGAAGCGUUCAGGUUUUGCACAGACUUCUGCCGUUCGUCAGUUGACUGGUUCUUUAACCUCUGCUGAGGGCCUCCGAUUUGCUAUUGUGGUGGCUCGAUUCAAUGAAAUUAUCACGAAGCCACUUUUGGAGGGAGCACUGGACACUUUCAAGAGAUACUCUGUCAGAGAAGAAGAUGUUGAUGUUGUCUGGGUUCCUGGUAGUUUUGAAAUAGGUGUGGUUGCAGAGAAGCUUGGAAAGUCGAGAAAAUAUCAAGCAAUCUUGUGUAUUGGUGCUGUGGUUAGAGGCGAUACUACUCAUUAUGAUGCUGUUGCUAAUUCAGCAGCAUCAGGAGUGCUUUCUGCAGGUCUCAAUUCAGGUGUUCCUUGCAUAUUUGGUGUUUUGACAUGCGACGACAUGGAACAGGCCAUAAAUCGUGCUGGGGGCAAGUCUGGCAAUAAAGGUGCUGAAGCGGCUUUGACAGCUAUUGAGAUGGCAUCUCUCUUUGAGCACCACCUAAAGACUUUACAAUAGGCGGGCUCUUUCCAUCUCACUCUUUAAGGGAAGGAUAUAUGUGGCUGCUAGGCAUGUAUUGCCUUCAUGCGAUGACAACUUUCUAUUCUUCUCUUUGAUUUCUUGUCCCAGAAUAAAGUAUGAACUGAGGAAAUCCAUAUUUUAUGAAUGCAGUUUCCAGUUUGAAUGGAAGAGAAACAUUUUGAGAAUAUAUCUGAGUUUCUAGUUUCAGUA